UGCUAAACGUUAGCGUGCUAACUGCGGUUAGACGUUGAGUCGCGUAAAGCUACUUUAAACGCUCAGGUCGAUUCGUCGGUUUUUCGGUCGAUUCACCGAUUAAAACGAACCCUCAAGGAUUCAAAUAAUUCCCCCAACAUGGAUGUCGGACGUUUGAAAAGUGUUUCAGACCACAACGUUUACUACCCGAUAUGAUGUUUGCUAACUAGCUUCUUUUAGUCCAUCGGCCUCUGUUGACUUUCCUCUUCCGCGCGCUGCCACUUUCUCAUCAUCUGAUUGGCGUUUGUGCAGUGACGUCAUCCUGUGUGAUUGGCCACAUGUUACGUCCAUCAUAUUAUACUCGAUGCUCAUUGGCUGUUUGUGUAGUACUAAAUAAUGAUCACAGAAAACAGUCAGUGGCUUUCUUCUGGUUCGGGCGAUAGUGGUGCAUUUGUCCAAAAGACCAAAGUAAUUUGUUUCACUCACCAGGCUGAAAUAUCGAAACAUGUCAAGUCAGACUAGCAGCCUCUGCAGUGCAUCCUUGUGUGUUUUACAGUAAUCAACUGAAACGUGAUGAAAUCCAGUGGGCCUGUCUUCACAAGGCAGAACGCCUUUCAACCAGCAUCCAAAGUCGGGAAGACAUACUACCACCCAUCCUCUAAGCAGCCCCUGUCACAGAACAAGAAGAAAAAUACAAGUCCAGUACGAAUAAAUCAGCGAUCCAGUCCACAGUUACACAUUCAGAGGAGCCCAGAGGAGCAAGUGCUGUUUAUGAAACCUGACCACAGUUUUGCUGCCACAGAUGCACAUCCUGUUUUUAAAGAGUCUUGGCCCUCCUCUGAAUGUGGAUCUUCUCCAGCUAGUACUUCAACCUUAUCUGACAUGGUGACCCCUGGACAGUCUGUAAGAGCACAAAAACACACAGCUUCCUCAGAACCAGGAGGUCAGCAGGAUUCAGUGCUGUCAAAGUACAUAGAGCGUUUUCGCCAUGGUCGACCGCAGAGUCGGGAGGAGCGCCAUCAGAUGGCCUCAACUGUUGAAGAUGAGCCGAUGCCUUUUUGGUGGAUGUCGUCUUCGGCUUUACCCCCCAGCUCAACACCAAUUAAAACAACAGUUAAAGAUACCCAUGGACCUGCCACUUCUAGUCCAGUACAGAGUCGACGUGACAGAUCACUGUCCCCCUGCAGAAGAUCUCAAAGUGAAUUUAUUUUGUCAGACACCUCCAGUGGUGAAUUCGAUGACACAGAGAUGCUUCAACUUCAAGAAAAGGCCAACAGACUUCUGCUGAGAGACAGUGACUAUACCAUGAAUGAUGGAUCGAUCCACGUCAGUCCAGAGGGCCUGGGAUGUUCAGAUUUCUCUUCUCCACUCAGCAUAGAUGAGCCAGUGAGGAGACCUUUGAUUCCUGAUGUAACAACUUCUGCUAAUGCAAAGGCCUUCUCAGACUCCAUUCAAGCCUUGACCUCCCAAAAAUCCUCUGUAAUUCCUUCCCUGGUGCCCCGCACUCACCCUGAAGAAGACAUCUUGUUCCAGUGGCGUUUGAGGAGAAAGAUUGAACAGGCCAGGGAGUCGUCUCAGCAACACUCUGGUCUUCAUUCUGCAAAACUUAGCUGGCAGUCCCCCAGUUUGAGUCAAACUUCAGCUAGAGGAAAGGCAGACAAGGGAAGUACUCAACCCCUAGACGUUUUAGAAAAAGCUACACAUCCUCAAAUUGCUGCUCCCAGGCUGGACACCAAAGAAGCUCCUGGAUCAUGUACCCCAUCCUCAGCUCCAGCUCCACUCCCUGCCUUUGUCGUCUCUGGAUUUCCAGCCUCUCAACCCCAAACUCCUGGCCAUGUUCCUGCCCACAUGCAUUUUCUUUGUGAUAUCCUGCCAUGUCCAAUUCAGGCUUCUCAUUUAAGUACUGAACAAAACAUUUUGCAAAGAAUGGAUGAGACUCCGACAAAUGUUGUCCGUAAAAAGGCCCAUGUCACUGGAAACUUGAUAAAAACAGCUACACCUGUUUGCGAACAUAUUUCAGUCCAACCACAGGCUCCGUCUGCAUCCAUAGAAAGGGAGAGACCUUGUCAACAAAGAAGCACUGAGAGGAACAAAAAGGAGAAAUCUCAAACCAAAGAGUUGGAGAAGCACAAGAAGAAGGCAUCUAUUUCCUACAGGGAGCAAAAGAGGUCAACAAGGAGUUCAUCGCAACAAAGAGUUUCCAAAAAAGCCUUACCAUUGGCUGAGGAGCAGCAGCAACAAGAGGGACUGAGAGAGUUUGCUGUUGAUCAGGCACCACCACCAUCUCCAAUCCACAGUGCCUUAGGACAGGUUGUCUCAGAGGUGUUGUUCCCCACAAAAGAUUCAUCCCCUGAACAGAGGACACCUGUCUCGUCUGAUUCUCCUCACACUUUCUCGGCGCCGCCACAGUCCUCAGUCCAUCCAUGUGACAAUCAGGCCUCUGUGGAGGUCAUUUCACAGCUGCUGCAGGAGGCUGAAGAUUCUGAUGAAACAGAGUUUGAAGAUGACGCUCUAUUAAAAGUCCUUCGCAAACAGAGAAAGUGGGUAAAGGAACAGAUCAGGGAAGUGGACACAACGAUGAAUGACGUUCUGGACAAGCAACAAAAUACCUGACAACUGUCAAGAGGAACGUGAUACCGUAACUUUCAUUGUAUUUUAUAAAGAAAUAAAGUUUAUUUGAGCCACAGUGA